AUGAACUCGAGUACAUUAAAACGUCGAAUUAAAAAGUACGGUCUUCAACGAAAAAUAGCGAUUGUGACCUUGACGUUAUCCGUGAUGCAGGAAGAUCUUUACUGGAUGGCCCUGGGUGUUGCAGAUCGCUACCGCGGAAUAUGGCAUACACUUCAGAUGAACAGAAUGACAGUGCCAAGAGUUGUUGUCGCAGAACUAUUGCGAGAGCUACAUCCGGAAGGUGUACAAGAAGGGUCAAGGCACAGAUUGAAGAGAAGAGUUUAUCGGAAUCCAGGCCGUAAUUAUUCGUGGCACUGUGACGGAUACGACAAACUAAAACCAUACAGCUUCCCCAUCCAUGGGUGCAUAGAUGAGUGGAGCCGGAAGAUUCUUUGGUUGUAUGUUACGCAAUCCAACAAUCAACCUAAUAACAUAGGAAUGUACUAUUCAGAAGCCGUGGGAGACGAGAAGCUCUAACUUUUCUCAAAUCUUAUCUCACAAACAGAAACCAGAAGUGCCAAAUUAAGAAUUCCUUUUCGGCUACAGAGCGAUUGAUUAAAUGUGGCGUACCACAAGGCUCUAUCUUAGGACCACUAUUCUUUCUGUUAUAUAUAAAUGAUUUACCUCAGUGUCUAAACAAAACAAAACCUCGAUUGUUUACUGACGACACAAAUCUGACAGCUUCGGGAGAUUCUAUAAUUGACCUUGAAAUUGCAGUAAAUUCUGAUUUGGAAAACCUCAGAAAAUGGUUAAUUGCCAAUAAACUUAGUCUAAAUGUAGCUAAGACAGAAUUUAUGUUAAUUGGUUCAAAGGCAAUGAUUAAAAACAAUUCUGAUUCACGUUUGAAUGUUUUCAUUGAAAAUAAGCAAAUUAAACAAGUUAGCGAAUGCAAUACUCUUGGAGUAAUAGUUGACCAGCAUUUGUCUUGGAAAAGUAAUUCCAAAAAUAUUUGCAAAAAAAUAACUGCAGGAAUCUCUGCUAUUCGUCGAGUCAAACCUUUCGCUGACAAAGAUACACUCAUUUCGAUAUUUAACGGUAUUGUUCGCCCAUACUUUGAUUACUGUUGUGAAGUAUGGGAUGUGUUUGGUAAAUCACAAUCAAAACGACUCCAAAAACUUUAAAAUAGAGCUGCUAGAAUUAUCUUGAACAUGAGUAAUGACGUAAAUCAUUCCAUUGCUCUACGUGCAUUGGGCUGGGAGCCACUCAAAACUGAAAGGAAGAAAGCUAAGGCAAAAAUGAUGUACAAAGUAUUAAAUAAAAUGGGUCCUAAAUCACUCACUAAUCUUUUUUCAUACAAAUGUGAGAAAACAAACUACAACCUUCGUGACAUUUCAAGCGGUCUUAGUCUACUAAAACCGCAUACUAACAACAAAAAAAUAGUUUCAUGUAUGACGGAGCACACCUUUGGAAUUCUAUUCCAAAGGAAAUUAGGGAAAGCAAAACUCUUUCAUCCUUUAGAAAUAAAAUCGCUGCUCACCAAAUUGACAUAGAGUAAAUUGAUGUAACUGUAAAUAUUCUAACAACCUUCUUAUCAUGUAAAUUAUUUAAUAUUCUACCUUUUCAAACUUAAGUAUUUUAAUAUCUCCAUGUAACAUUUUUCUAUUUUUGCACACGCCCCCCGUGGAAAUCAGUUUCGGUUGACGGGGUCAGCGUGUGUAAAUAAAGUUUCUAUCUUCUAUCGAUCUUCUCCUUGUAACCAGAGGAUUGAAGGCUGGUGGUCAUUCCUAAGGAAAGACCAAACAUCAUGGUGGAUGAACUUUUUUAAAGAUCUUGUAGAUCUCUGUGUUUUGUUUUGCAGCACUAUUACAAGAGAAUUUAAAUGAAAAGGGAGACCAGAUUCUUUAUACUAUCUCCCUGAACUUCACAAUGGCCGAUCUAAUUAGCAUCUGCCUGUUCCUGAGGAAGAAAAAUUGUAUGCUAGAGAGCAUAUAAUCAGUGACUAUACUGGGCAAAAUGACUUUUUAUUAAAUACUUGAAAUAUAACUGUUACAUCAUUAUUGUCCAUAAAUAGCAAAAGCUAGUCGAGAUGGACAGUGGUUUACAUUAGGCAUCUUAAUAAUCAAAGAAUAACCAAAGAAUCAAAGAAUAAUCAAAGAAUACUAUAUUUCAUGUAGAAAGAGACUGGAAUAGGGUAUCGACGUCGAAACGUGUAAAACAUUUAUGCUUUACCGCAUAGAGUAUUGAUAAUAGCCGAGAACGAAAUCCGUAAUAUUAAAUUAAAGUUGAUGAUCUUAAAUUUUGAUUUAUAUUUCUAAAAUCUGUUUUUGGUUUUUCCAAAUUGCUUUAAUAUAACUGAGAUAUCAAUAUAUUCAUCUUCCAUUACUAACAUUUGGAGAAGCUUGUCAUGUAUUUUCACGUAAUUCCAUAGAAAUCACAUUCCAAACUCUAGCUCCCGCGGGUAUUUGCGAAAAAUCUUUUUUGUAUAUCAAAACCUGUAUACUUGACAUGAAAAUUUUUCAUUGAAGAAGAUCGAGUGUUAUAUUCGUGUAUCUUUUCAAGAGAAGUAAACAUCGCGGAAAUAUUUGGAGGGACAUUUGUCUUUGAUAUGUCGUACAUUAAUAUUGAUAUCGAUUUAAUAUAAAGCAGGUUUAUUGGUAAAAUACUUGCAGAUUGAAAGAAGGGGAUUGCGUGAGACCGAUAAUGUGCAGAAUAUAUUAGUCGAAUAGCACGUUUUUGAAUUUUAAGAAUUUUAUCAAUGUGGCAUUUUUCAGCUUGACCCCACAAAACAAUUCCGUAUGUAAGAUGAGGUAAAAUGAGGGACUUAUAAAUAUUUAUUAAUGUAUUUACUGGAACAAAAGAUCGCUAUUUUGCAAUAAUACCAAUAAGCCUACUAACUUUGGAGGCGAUAUACCCAAUAUGGCAUUUCCAAGAAAGGUACAAUCUAUUAAAAUACCAAGAUAUUUAAUAUGAUUUUUAAGUUAUAAAGAAACAUACGUUUUUGAGUGAAUAUCAUAAAUUUUCAGGUCCACCACAUAAUCUGGCCGUUUUUGUUAAGGAUGAAAAAUGAUGUAGUUAGAUUUAUUAAUAUGCAAAGUUAAUUUGUUCACUAUUAACCAUUUUAGAAAGUUCAGUGUUAACAAUGAUUUCUAAGGAUUUUAAAUUUUUAUCAUCAUAUAUCAAAUUUGUAUCAUCAGCAAUAGGAGUUAUAAAUGUAAUUUAUUAUUAUUAUUAUUAUUAUUAUUAUUAUUAUUAUUAUUAUUAUUAUUAUUAUUAUUAUUAUUAUUAUUAUUAUUAUUAUUAUUAUUAUUAUUAUUAUUAUUAUUAUUAUUAUUAAAUCAAUAACCUUCAAACCUUCGAUCAAUAACCUUUGGAAGGAUACUAGCAAUCACAAAAAUGUACAAUAUGACAAAUACAAAAACACCAAGGACGUAUUAAACACCAUCAGGAAACAACAUGAAAACAAGCUUCAACACCACCUCAUUUCACAAGGCUCAUUUUUCUCCAAUAUCAUUAAACAUUCUACACUCUCAUUCAACUCUAUAUCCGGUAUAUAAAUAACACUCUUCCGACUCGCAAAAACCUUCUGAAAUGGGGAAUAUCACCAACAUCCGAAUGUUCGUUUUGUUUGAAUCCAGAAUCACUUCUUCACGUCGUCGCUGGAUGCAAGACCUACCUAAAUGAAGGACGUUUCACGUGGCGUCAUGAUUCGGUGCUUAACUUCAUAGCAUCCAUACUUAAAUCUGUGAACCAUUGUAACCUUUAUGCUGACCUUCCUGGCUAUAUCAGUCCAUCUGUUAUCACCGGAGGUGAAUUGCGCCCUGAUCUUUUGAUAACACUUGAAAACAAAUGUAUUUAUAUACUUGAACUUACCGUCGGAUUUGAAUCUAAUCUCCUCACUAAUGCAACUCGAAAAAGACAAAAAUGUCAAGAUCUAAUUAACGAACAGCUCGAAAAUUAUGAAAAAGUGAAAUUUGUAAAUUUAUCGAUUAGCUCAUUAGGAGUUUUCAGCCACCCGUCGCUAGAUUUCACCGAAAUGCUGAAGGAUCUAAAGUUUGAUGAACAAUGUAGAAAGUACUAUGUUCGGAAAAUUAUUAACAUAUGUAUCAGGUCCUCGUAUUAUAUAUUCUGUAAGCUAGCGUAACAAAGAAUAGGAUAACCCACAACUAAUGUCAUACUAAUAUUGUUAUUAUGUAGAGUGUUAAUUCAAGUAGACACUGGUAAACUACCUGUAAAGAGAGGUUUUUCAUUGUAGUGUGUAUAUAUAUUAUUGAAAGUAAUAAAGUUUCCAUUAUUAUUAUUAUUAUUAUUAUUAUUAUAACUUUACCAUACGCUAUAUCAAUAACUCUCUUCCGACACGCAAGAACCUUAGCAGAUGGGGAUUGUCUUCAAGUUCAGAAUGCUCCUUUUGUCUUGGCCCAGAAUCAUUAUUGCACGUGGUCGCUGGAUGUCAGUGUUAUCUCGAUCGAUUUACGUGGAGACACAAUUCAAUCCUGAAUUUCCUUGCCAAUACCUUGCAAACUGUGAACGGUUCUGCCCUCUACGCUGAUGUGCCUGGAUUCAAAAGUCCUUCAAUAAUAACUGGUGAUACGUAUCGCCAGGAUUUGUUGCUAUCGUUAUCAAAUGGCUCUCUUUAUGUGGUCGAGCUCACUGUUGGCUAUGAGACAAACCUCGAGAACAACGUUACUCGGAAAAAAGCCAAAUAUAAAGAACUAGUAAAACAACUAGACGAAAAUUUUAACGAAGUAAACUUUAUAAAUCUUUCUAUGAGCUCCCUAGGUAUUUUUGCGCAAGAAUGCUCUACAUUCUUAGAAAUGUUAGGAAAUGUUGGUCUGGACAAAAACUACCAAACGUACUGUGUUAGGAAAAUGAUGACUAUUGCCAUUCGAAGUACAUACUAUAUUUUUUGCUGCCGAAAUAAGGAAUUGGAAAGUCCGGACUUGUUAACUAUUUGA